UUCGCCUUGGGUAGAGUUCCUUUUUUGGAAAUAUUCAUACUCCGCCGUUGCUCGUUGAAACCUAGUCCGAAAGGCACGCGUACGCUGUCCAGCUCGACGUCAAGACUCAUUUCAAGGCCCUUCCUGCCCGUCAAAUCCUUGUGAGUACUGUUCAUGCUGUUUGGGGUAUGUUGGGAUGCAAAGAAGAGUGUCAGAAACUCCCCAUGGCUGGAUGAGCUACCUCCCAAUUGGAUGACAUGACUGACUCCAGUCUUCCUCAGCCGGACAAGUGCGAAAUCAUCAUCGCACAUGAUUAUCACCAAACAAAACAGGCGCACCAUCUACGAGAACCUCUUCAAGGAGGGUGUUCUGGUCGCCAAGAAAGAUUACAACGCGCCGAAGCAUGAAGAGCUCGAUGUUCCUAACCUCCAGGUCAUCAAGGCUAUGCAGAGCCUGACCUCCAAGGGCUUUGUCAAGACCCAAUUUUCGUGGCAGUGGUAUUACUAUGUCCUGACCCCUGAAGGCGUUGAAUAUCUCAGGGAGUGGCUACACCUCCCCAACGAGAUCGUCCCUUCGACUCACAAGCGGGCUGCUCGCCCCCCACGCCCAGCAACUGUACGCCCUGGUGGUGGCGACGGUGCUUACCGCGCGCCUCGCGGCGACCGCGACGAUUACCGGAAGAAGGAGGGUGGUGCGCCAGGCGAUUACAGGCCAUCAUUCGCAGGUGUUGGUCGGGGUGCACCUAGAGAGUAGGUGGUCGGUUUUUAUGAGGCGCUAUGAGUUCGGACAGAGUGCUAGAACUUGCUUCCCUCGGUGAUCGCAAAAUUUUGUAUGAGCAUGUUCCAUGCAUGACUAUACUAUGCUCUCCUUCGCGUUCUUUCUCAUCUGUCUACUU